AAUGACAAAGCUUCGGGUCCUUGCGCUGCAUGGGUAUGGUCAAAACGCCCAUAUCUUCCAGAUCCAAAUCGCCGCAAUUUGCAAGCAAUGCAAGGACGAUAUAGAGUUCGUAUUCGUUGACGGACCGGUAGUCCUUGAUCAGCCAGACCAACCCACGGGAUCUCUGGUUGACGAGGACGGAUAUCCGCUGGAAAAUCACAAGCCGGUUUUGGACAGACAAUCGGCACCACGUGCGUGGUGCCUGUUCAAUGAAGACAGGACGAAAUAUUAUGGGCUGGACCAAGGCCUCUUGACCGUAAAGAGGGUAUUGGAACGAGAACACUUUGACGGUAUUAUCGGGUUCAGUCAGGGCGCCGCUUUGGCGUCGUAUAUCUGCGCAUAUUUAGAAGACCCUAGCGCGCACCCGCUUUUCAGCACCCGGCCGCAUCCUCCUUUUCAUUUUGCCAUCUUUGCCUCGGGUUUCCCCCCUAUCGAUCCUCCCCUGCCGCACUCCCUACGCUUGCCAACCCUUCACAUUCUCGGAAAGCAUGACACCCAUAUCGGCCGUGAAACAUCUUGGCCACUUGUAGACGCUUGCUUGUACUCGAGAGUGGAGAUGCACGAGGGUGGGCACUUCGUACAGACCAAGGCGACCUGGAGGCGAUUCUUCCAGGAAUGGAUGUGCGCCUUCAAGCCUAAUUCGGCCUUGAGGCCGGAGGACGUCCCUAGUCCAGUUCCGAGAUCGAUCAAAGGCUACGAUGGGUCCCGAGUCCUCGGCCAAACUGUAAUUUCACCUGCGAAUGCGGAGAAAUUGGCGGUGCCAUCGGGCCCUGCGCUGAUCAGCACGAACAAAUGGCUUGUCUGGACGCGUGGGGAGACAAUCGUGAUGUAA